GGAUGUUCACUUACGAUCAUUGCGUUUGAUGGUGCACCUUGGGAAGGCUUUCAGCGCACUUUUGGUAGCGGAGCAACGCGUUGGAGAAUACAAGAGGGUCGCAUCGGACCAAUAUAUCAUUGCGCAGGUGAAAGACCCGGCUUCGAUUGACAUUAUGAACAUCGAGACCCUAGACAUAUUGUAGCUGAAUGGUUUUUUUACAACACAUCGACGAUCACAUUAUCAUAGCUUCAU